GUCGUGAUGAAUCUACACCUUUUGAGAAAGUGACCUUUGAUACCGAUAGAUAUUCUGUGUCUCGGUAUAUUUCAUUACCCUUGCGACAUGAUCUUCGCCUAAAAACCGAACACCAGUCAGCAUUUGCGUUUGCGUUUGGGCACUCCGGGUCUGAUAUUGGAUGACAAUGACCGAGAGCCUUCAUGUCGCGCCAAAACCCAAUACACGCAGGGCCCGACAUUGACUCGGCCUCUGAUGAUGACCUUGAUCUCGAUGAACUCGAUCCCGCCGUUACGUCUCUAAAUGGUCACGUUGCAAAUGUAGGAAACGGCUCAAAAGAGCAGCUGCAGGGCAAGACGGGAAACAUCCCAUUGCAGAGACUACAGAAGUACGGUGGCAGUCGUCUAUGGCGGUCAAGAAGCAGACAACGAGAUGAAUACGCUGUGGAGGAAGAUACAGAAGGCUUACUCAAUGGCUGGCCCGGACAAUCGCGAAGUAAUGGCCACCUCAGAAGAUGGUCCGAGGAACAAACCGGUUGGAAUGUCAGGAACAAGAGACGACAGAACAGCGAUGGACAAAGCGGUGCGGCGCAGCUACGAGAAACACCUUCGCGACGCCCGAGUCAGAACAUGCAAUUCCAGCAAUUUGUCCGACAAGAGCUGGCCGAUAUGCGUGAGGAGCAGGACAGCGACAACGUCGAGUCCCGUGAAAUUCAAGUCGGCCAGGCUCAGAAGAAGCGAUUUCCUACCAACGUCGUCUCGAAUGCCAAAUAUACCGCCUGGUCCUUCCUGCCACGAACACUGUACAACGAAUUUUCUUUCUUCUUGAACAUAUAUUUUCUAUUGGUGGCCUUGUCACAAAUUAUACCCUUUCUGCGUAUUGGUUACAUGUCGACUUAUAUUGUUCCAUUAGCAUGUGUGCUUACGAUCACGAUUGGGAAGGAGGCCAUAGACGACAUUGCACGAAGACGUCGGGACGCCGAAGCGAAUGCAGAGCUUUUUACGGCCCUUUCAUUUCCAGAUGCUUCGCGCUCGCGAGAAAAUGGUGGGGUCGAGAUUCAGAAGCGAUCUCGGGAUAUCAAGGUUGGCGAUAUACUGAAAUUGGAAAAGAACCAAAGAGCACCUGCAGACGUGGUUAUCUUGCAAAGCCAUCUCACCGAGGCCCUUGGUGGGUUGACCACCGACGAAACGGGAGACUCGGCGACUACUGCUUCCACCGCCAGCACGGGAGAAACCUUUAUACGAACAGAUCAGCUCGACGGCGAGACUGAUUGGAAACUUCGACUUCCCAGCCCUUUGAGCCAGAAUCUCAAGUUGUCGGAGUUGCAUCGUCUACAAAUUCAAGCUGGAGCACCGGACAAAAGAGUGAACGAUUUUGUUGGAACUCUAGAGCUUCGAUCAACUCAUCCUUCUGCCUACGACCCCCAUCCUCGUCGAGAGGAUCAAAGCCUGGACAGCACUGAUGAAGCUAAUCUGGAUGUUCACUCACACAACAAUUCUACCUCUGCUCCGCUAACGAUCGAUAACACAGCAUGGGCAAAUACAGUCCUGGCCUCCAGUACUGUCACCUAUUGCGCCGUGAUAUACACAGGCCGACAGACUCGCUCUGCGCUUUCCACCUCUCCUUCAAGAUCAAAAACAGGACUUUUAGAACUAGAGAUCAACAGUCUCACCAAAAUUCUGUGUAUCAUGACCCUUACACUCAGCAUCAUCCUAGUUGCGCUUGAAGGUUUCGAGCCAUCGAACAAAAAGCCAUGGUAUGUCGCUAUCAUGAUCUACCUUAUCCUCUUCUCGACCAUUAUCCCAAUCAGUCUACGCGUCAACCUCGACAUGGGCAAAACAGUGUAUGCCCGAUUCAUUGAGCGCGACAAAGGAAUCCCUGAUACCGUUGUACGGACGAGUACUAUUCCCGAAGAUCUUGGUCGAAUUGAAUACCUGCUAUCCGAUAAGACCGGGACGCUCACCCAGAACGAAAUGCAGCUGAGGAAGAUCCACGUUGGAACAGUCGCAUACUCUGGUGAAGCGAUGGAAGAAGUGGCCGCCUAUGUUGAUCAAACAUUCUCUUCGGGUCAGGAUGCUGAUACACGAGGAACGAGCACCACCAAGACUCGCCGUGAGAUCGGAGUGCGAGUCCGUGAUCUUAUUCUAGCUCUUGCUUUGUGUCACAACGUCACGCCCACAACCGACGAAGUGGACGGAGAAAAGGUCAUUUCAUAUCAGGCCUCGAGCCCGGACGAGAUUGCCAUUGUCGAAUUUACCGAAUCCGUGGGCCUUCGACUCCUGCAUCGCGACCGUGAAACAAUUGUCCUUCAGUCCACUACCACGAACCAGGUUGUAGUACGAGCUGAGAUCAAAGACAUCUUCCCCUUUACAUCCGACAGCAAGCGAAUGGGCAUCAUUGUGCAACUAUCUUCGGACGUUCUCGGUCUCACACCUGCCGACAACGAGCUUUGGUUCUUUCAAAAAGGUGCAGAUACCGUCAUGACCUCGAUAGUUGCGGCAAAUGACUGGCUCGACGAAGAGACUGCUAACAUGGCUCGAGAAGGCUUGCGAACCCUCGUGGUUGGGCGUAAACGUCUGUCCCCUGCGCAAUAUUCUGACUUCAGCAAUGCGUAUACAGAUGCCAGUCUAGCCCUACACGAGCGCGAUGCAGGCAUGGCAGCUGUCGUCAAGGCACACCUUGAACAUGACUUGGAACUUCUCGGAGUGACGGGUGUGGAGGAUCGCCUUCAAAAGGACGUGAAGCCGUCUCUCGAGCUUCUUCGUAAUGCGGGCGUCAAGAUCUGGAUGUUGACUGGUGACAAGAUCGAAACAGCACGCUGCGUGGCCGUAUCGGCGCGUCUCGUUGCUCGAGGGCAGCACAUUCAGACCAUGGCCCGCUUCAAGACGAAGCAACAAGCCAAAGAUGCUCUGGACCUCAUGCGCAAUCAAACCGAAUCGUGCCUUCUCAUCGACGGCGAGAGUCUUUCUCUCAUGCUGUCUCAGUACCGCACCGACUUCAUCACCAUCGCGGUCCAGCUCCCCGCCGUGAUUGCUUGCCGCUGCUCCCCGACCCAAAAGGCCGACGUUGCACAACUCAUCCGCAAACACACGCGCAAGCGUGUCUGCUGCAUCGGUGACGGUGGCAAUGACGUCUCCAUGAUCCAAGCCGCCGACGUCGGGAUCGGGAUCGUCGGCAAAGAAGGUCGCCAGGCCAGUCUCGCCGCCGAUUUCAGCAUCACGCAGUUCUGCCACCUGACCAAGCUUCUCGUCUGGCACGGCCGGAACAGUUACAAGCGUAGUGCGAAACUGGCGCAGUUUAUCAUCCAUCGAGGUUUGAUCAUCAGUGUGUGUCAAACCAUGUACAACAUUGCGGGACAUUUUGAUCCCAAGGGCUUGUUCAAAGAUUGGUUGCUCGUGGGCUACGCGACGGUCUACACAAGUGCCCCCGUCUUUUCACUAGUGCUAGAUCGGGACGUCGAUGAGCAACUUGCAAAUCUCUACCCAGAACUAUACAAGGAGCUCAAGGCGGGGAAGAGCCUCAGUUACCAGACCUUUUUCACCUGGGUUUUGGUUUCGGUGUACCAGGGCAUCAUCAUACAGGGCCUCACACAGCUGCUUGUGGGCGAGGUCGACGGCAAGAGGAUGCUCAGCGUCAGCUUCACGGUGCUUGUCCUGAACGAGCUGAUCAUGGUGGCCGUAUCAGUGACCACGUGGCACCCAGUCAUGAUCAUCUGCAUCCUAGGCACGGCUGCCAUCUAUGCGGCGAGUGUGCCUUUUCUUGGCGGGUAUUUCGAUUUAGAGUAUGUUGCCAGCUGGAGUUGGGUCUGGCGGGUUCUGGCGGUGGGAGCCAUCAGUCUGGUCCCUGUCUGGGGUGGCAAGGCAAUACGGCGUAUGUGGAAGCCGCCGAAUUACCGCAAAGUGCAAGGGAUAUAGCGAGUCAUGACCGGUGUACAGAUGAUUGCAAACAGUACUCGCGUGCUCUUUGUUUUUGAAUUCAACCUUGCUCGCUUUUUUUCUGCAUGGCGCGUGAAACUGUGGUUCUUGAGAAUGGUUUUCCCCCUUCUAACUGCCAGAAAGAUCGUGCCAGAGCAUUGGGUGCCCAGAAUCGCUGAUUCCCAUUUGAUGCCACCAUGCGUGUCCAGCGUUCUUGUGCUACGUCAAGGGACAGCGGCCACAACUUAGCACAUGCCUCGACUGGGUGCGCGAGUCGCGUAGGUCGACGCAGCUGUCCACACUGGCCUUCCUCGUUCCAGAAGAUCACUGGCUUGGCCCGUUAGGGGAAGGGAUC